GCGGCUGCGGCACCUUUAAGACAAGGGAGGACCCCUCUUGCCCUCGGAGAAACCAGGAAGGGAGUCGCGAGCAUCAUACGGGGCUUUGGCUGUACUGUACAGUUACUGUAGGGGCAGUGACGCCGCCGCCGCCGCCGGAGCGAGGGAGCGACGAGGGGAGAGCGCGAGAGGCGGAGAGCGAGAGACGCGGACCCCGGAGGCAAGCGGCCGAGGAGCCCAGUCCCAACUCCGGGCCCCGGCCCCUCGCGCCCCGGCCCGGCCCGGCCCCGGCCCGGCCGCGCGAGGUCUCGGCGCGGAAGAUGGCCGGCGGCGUGGAUGGCCCCAUCGGGAUCCCGUUCCCUGACCACAGCAGCGACAUCCUGAGCGGACUCAACGAGCAGCGGACGCAGGGCCUGCUGUGCGACGUGGUGAUCCUGGUGGAGGGCCGAGAGUUCCCCACGCACCGCUCCGUGCUGGCCGCCUGCAGCCAGUACUUCAAGAAGCUGUUCACGUCGGGCGCCGUGGUGGACCAGCAGAACGUGUACGAGAUCGACUUCGUCAGUGCCGAGGCGCUCACGGCUCUCAUGGACUUCGCCUACACGGCCACGCUCACCGUCAGCACGGCCAACGUGGGCGACAUCCUCAGCGCCGCCCGCCUGCUCGAGAUCCCCGCCGUGAGCCAUGUCUGCGCCGACCUCCUUGACCGGCAGAUCCUGGCGGCCGACGCGGGCGCCGACGCCGGGCAACUGGACCUCGUAGAUCAGACCGACCAGCGGAACCUCCUCCGGGCCAAGGAGUACCUCGAGUUCUUCCAGAGCAACCCCAUGAACAGCCUGCCCCCUGCCGCCGCCGCCGCCGCCGCCGCCGCCGCCUUCCCCUGGUCUGCCUUCGGCGCGUCCGACGACGACCUGGAUGCCACCAAGGAGGCCGUGGCCGCGGCCGUGGCUGCCGUGGCCGCCGGCGACUGCAAUGGCUUGGACUUCUACGGACCGGGACCACCGGCCGAUCGGCCCUCGGCCGGGGAUGGGGACGAGGGCGACAGCAACCCAGGUCUGUGGCCAGAGCGGGACGAGGACGCCCCAGCCGGGGGCCUCUUCCCGCCCCCUGUGGCCCCGCCGGCCACCGCCACGCAGAAUGGCCACUACGGCCGGGGUGGGGAGGAGGAGGCAGCCUCGCUGUCGGAGGCAGCCCCCGAGCCGGGCGACUCUCCGGGCUUCCUGUCGGGUGCGGCCGAGGAUGGGGACGGGGACGGGCCCGACGCGGACGGGCUGGCGGCCAGCACGUUGCUGCAGCAGAUGAUGUCAUCGGUGGGCCGGGCGGGGGCGGCGGCGGCGGGGGACAGUGACGACGAGUCGCGGGCGGACGACAAGGGCGUCGUGGACUACUACCUGAAGUACUUCAGCGGCGCCCACGAUGGGGAUGUUUACCCGGCCUGGUCGCAGAAGGUGGAAAAGAAGAUCCGGGCCAAGGCCUUCCAGAAGUGCCCCAUCUGCGAGAAGGUCAUCCAGGGCGCCGGCAAGCUGCCGCGGCACAUCCGGACCCACACCGGGGAGAAGCCCUACGAGUGCAACAUCUGCAAGGUCCGCUUCACCAGGCAGGACAAGCUCAAGGUGCACAUGAGGAAGCACACGGGCGAGAAGCCGUACCUGUGCCAGCAGUGCGGGGCGGCCUUCGCGCACAACUACGACCUGAAGAACCACAUGCGCGUGCACACGGGCCUGCGCCCCUACCAGUGUGACAGCUGCUGUAAGACCUUCGUCCGCUCCGACCACCUGCACAGACACCUCAAGAAGGACGGCUGCAACGGCGUUCCCUCGCGCCGCGGCCGCAAGCCCCGCGUGCGGGGCGGGGGGCUCGGGGGGCCCGACCCCUCCCCGGGGGCCGCCGCGCCGCCCGGCGCCCCGGCCCCGCCCGGCUCCCCCGACGCCCGGCGCAACGGCCAGGAGAAGCACUUUAAGGACGAGGAGGAGGACGAGGAGGCGGCCAGCCCCGACGGCCUGAGCAGGUUGAAUGUAGCGGGCGCCGGCGGAGGGGGAGGCGGCGGGGGCGCCGGGCCCACCGCCGAUGGCAGCUUCGCGGCCGGACUUGCCUGAAAACCAAAAAGAGAAAACAGAAACCCGAGAGAGAGAGAGAGAGAGAGAGAGAGAGAGAGAGAGACAGAGAGAAAA